GUGUUAGUUUUGGUUUUAACUCAACUUGCUGUCAACCCGGAAAGAGGCUGCGCUCGAGGCACAGGGCUCGGCUUUCCGCGCGGAGCUUUCAUCUGUUUUGGCGGAUAAAUGAGCGUUUAUUGUAUUGUGAGAGCGCGCAGAACAGCACACACGCAGCAGAACGCGGAUGAGUCACGAGCCUUUGGGAUUUUGGAAGUGAAAUUUUUUGGGUUUGUUUAGGUUUGGUUUCAUAGAUCUGGGACAUGCCUUACCUGGACAGACAAAAUCGGACCUGUGGAUUCCUGGAUAUUGAGGAAAAUGAGAACAGUGAUAAGUUUUACCGGCGUUAUUUUAUCUUGGAUACUCAUGAGAAUUUUCUCCUAUGGUAUAUGGACAAUCCACAGAACUUGCCUCCGGGAACAGUGUCUGUUGGGAGUUUGCGACUAAGUUACAUUUCAAAGGUUAAUGAAGCAUCAGUAAAGCAGAAACCAAAAGCAGAAUUUUGCUUUGUAAUAAAUGCAUUGUCCAGACGGUACUUUCUGCAGGCCAAUGAUGCUAUGGACUUGAAGGAAUGGGUCAUUGCUCUGAAUAAUGCCACCAAAAUUACAGUUCCAAAAGCCUCACCAGUGGCCCAAAGCUCUGAUGCCACAAAUGUUUCAAAUCCAAGUCAGUCAACAUCCCGACAGGCGUAUAAAACAGAAAUUGUGGGAGGUGUGGUUGUGCACACACCAGUCCAGCAGAGUGAAAAUGAGGACGUCUUCACUAGUGAACUAGGAUCACACAUCUCUUUAAGGAGAAGCCAGAGUGUGCAUCCAAAUAUCGUGAGGUCUGGCUACUGUGUCAAGCAAGGAAAUGUGAGGAAAAGCUGGAAGAGGAGGUUUUUUAUCCUAGAUGAUCAAACCGUGAGCUACUAUAAAUCUGAAAUGGAUAAGGAACCACUGAGAAGUAUUAGAUUGCGGGAUGUGCUAAAAGUUAACGAGUGUCUUGUGAAAUCAGGGGAUCUGUUGUCUCGUGAUAAUCUUUUUGAAAUCAUCACCAGUACCAGAACCUUCUACAUCCAGACAGACACCCCAGAAGACAUGAAGGGCUGGAUCAAGGAUAUUGCUUCAAAAAUUCAAGACUUUCGAGGGCCAUCUAAGUUGCGCUGUUCCGGCAAAGUCUUUUCUGUGCAGAGGAAGCCUCAGCUUGUGAAGUCCUGCUCCACUGCAGAUUCGUGGCAGCCGUGGACCCCGGUACCCAAUCAGGAGAAGCAUUUGAAGGAAGAGGGUCAAAGAGAAGGGUCAUACAGCUCUCUUCCCUCACUCUUACACUUUCAGUCAACGACUCAACAAACUCGACAACGGCACCAUUCCCAGCCUCAACUCCCUCCCAGCGUCACAGACUUUCCUGACAGUCUUGACCAUCUCCGCUCCACUGAUGUUUAGUUGCUUUAAUGAAUACUGCUGGCCAGCACAUGGAUAGUGUUAUGAUUUUAAUCCUUUGAUUGUUGCUUCUCUUGUUCAGUGGUGCACACACAAGUGCUUCAGUCAUUGCAAUGCUGCUCACUUACUCUAAAGGAAUAGUUUAAAAUUAGUUGCCAAAUAGCACCCAAAGAUUCUGUCAUUAUUUACUUACCCACCUGUCAAGCUCCAACAAGCAAUGUAAGGCAAGAAUUGUGUACCGAUUCUUCAAGCAAUUGUACUUUUGUGUUCUAUAGAAAAAAGAACAAAACAAACAAACAAAAAUUUUGGAAUGAUAUGAGGAAGAGAAUUGUCAUUCUAGGUGAACUGUUCCUUUAAAAGAAUGUGUAUUUUUAUGUAUGUAGGAAUGUAAAAUGAGGAAGGAUCAUGGUAAAAAUACACCAGAUAAUAUUUCUUUACCAAAUUUCCCAAGACAUACAGUGGGAUCUGAAAGAGUGAGACUGAACUUGUGGAAUGCUUCCAUUUUUGUAUUAUGUACUAUAUGUGUAUGACGAUAUUUUUAGCACAAAAAUGAGUGAAAAGUAAGAAAAAAAGAUGGUAGAUCCAUCUUUUGCUUUAAUGACAGCAGCACUUGAGCUGACAUGAACUGAUGAACAUGUGAUCUGAGACGAAUUGAGAAUGUUCCAACGAGCAUCUAGUGCACUGCAAUUGACACAUGGUUAUUAUUUUCUGUUUGUUUUAUAUUAUUACUUUGUUUUAAAUAUGAAAUAUUUACAUUUCCAUAUUCAAAAAUUUGAUUUUCAAUGUGGUCUCAAACUUUUGGACCCACUUGUAUACUUGAAAGUGUUGUUGAUUCGUGUGGUAGACUUAAGGCAUCUGGACGUAUUUUGAAGACAUUUUGUUUUCAACAUCACUAUGAAGCCACUUGAAGGAUUAGGAAAAUAUUGACUAGACAUUCAGUGAUGAUCUUCGUGACUGAAAACCUUUUUAAUACUGUUUACUUUGAAAUGCCUGAAAAUGUAUAGAAUUAUUUCUUUUUUGUUGUUGUGAAUGGUACUAUAUGUUGACAAGUGAUUUUUCUGUUGCUCAAACUACUUGUUAUAUAUAUGCGUCAUUGAUAGAUAUGCAUCGUCGCUUUGCACAUAAAAUAAACCAGUUCUUGAAGGACCAAAAAAA